GAUCUCGAGUAGCAGGAUGGAAGAACUCUAAGUGGUAGAGACAGAGAACAGGCCUUUUCAACAUGGAGAACGUUCCAGUUGAUGGGGAACUGGAUAGAAAUUCACAUCAUGGUGAGAACAAAGACUCUCCUGGACCAUCAACAGUCGUAACAAACAGUGAUGAACAGCCUAUAACUCCAGGAAAAAUGAACCAGCACCAGGGGAAAGAAGCCUACUUUACUCCAACCAAAGAGUUACUCCAACCAUGUCUCAGUCCAGGAACUGCCCAUAGUCAUGGUUUUGACAAAGGGAAGGACGAUGCAUUACAAAGUAAAGAUGAUUCAGCGUAUUCUAUGUCAAAAAGCAAGUCUGAAACCAAGCUUUUCAAUGGCUCUGAGAAGGACAUCUCUCAAUCUGCAAGCAAACUUACAAAAAAAGAAUCUCUCAAGGUUCAGAAGAAAAACUACAGAGAAGAAAAGAAGAGAGCCACGAGAGAAUUACUUAGCACGAUCACGGACCCCUCAGUUAUUGUUAUGGCUGACUGGUUGAAGAUUCGUGGUACCUUGAAAAGCUGGACCAAACUGUGGUGUGUACUGAAACCAGGAGUGUUGCUUCUUUACAAAACUCCCAAAAAUGACCAGUGGGUAGGAACAGUGCUGCUGAACGUUUGUGAACUCAUCGAGAGGCCUUCUAAAAAAGAUGGCUUUUGUUUCAAACUUUUUCAUCCUUUGGAGCAGACCAUAUGGGCUACAAAGGGUCCUAGAGGUGAAGCAGUUGGUGCUAUAACUCUGCCAUUGCCUGGCAGUUACUUGAUCGUCCGAGCUGCUUCAGAAUCAGAUGGCAGGUGUUGGAUGGAUGCUUUGGAGCUGGCACUGAAAUGUUCAAGUCUCCUUAAACGUACAAUGAUUAGGGAAGGUAAAGAACACGAUUUGAACUCCUCAGCCGACAGUACUCAUGUUUCUUUCUAUGGUCUGCUUCGUGCUAACAACUUGCACAGUGGAGAAAACUUACCGUUAAAUGACAGUGAAAUUGACAGGCAACCCUUCAAAGAUCAAGAUACGUACUCUGACAAGUCUGAUAAGGAAAAUGACCACGACCACGAGGAAUCUGAAAACGAUGCGUUGGGGAAAAGUGAAGAAAGCGAUAGUGACACAUCAGAGCGACAGGAUGAUUCUUAUGUUGAUCCAGAACCAGCUGAUGUCAGGGAAACUACUUACUUAGAACAGAGUCAUGAAGAACUUGGGGAGGCAGGAGAGGCUGCUCAGACAGAAGAAGUGUCAGAAGAAAACAAAAGUUUCAUCUGGACGCUAUUGAAGCAAGUCCGGCCAGGAAUGGACUUGUCCAAGGUUGUACUGCCUACGUUUAUUUUGGAACCUCGCUCUUUCCUGGACAAGCUGUCUGAUUACUACUACCAUGCAGACUUCCUGUCUGAAGCUGCUCUUGAAGAGAAUGCUUACAAUCGUAUGAAAAAAGUAGUGAAGUGGUAUUUGUCAGGAUUCUAUAAAAAGCCAAAGGGACUAAAAAAGCCGUACAAUCCUAUACUUGGAGAGUUUUUCCGCUGCAUGUGGAUUCAUCCAAGGACAAACAGCAAGACUUUUUAUAUUGCAGAACAGGUGUCACAUCAUCCUCCAAUAUCUGCCUUCUACGUUAGCAACCGCAAGGAUGGUUUUUGCCUUAGUGGUAGCAUUCUGGCCAAAUCAAAAUUCUAUGGGAAUUCACUAUCUGCCAUACUAGACGGAGAAGGACGGCUAACGUUUCUAAAUAGGGGAGAAGAUUAUGUAAUGACAAUGCCAUAUGCCCAUUGUAAAGGAAUUCUUUAUGGAACAAUGACCUUAGAGCUUGGGGGAAUAGUCAACAUCACCUGUGAGAAAACUGGCUACAGUGCAACAAUUGAAUUCAAACUCAAGCCUUUUUUGGGUAACAAUGACAGUGUUAACCAAAUAUCAGGGAGAAUUAAGCUUGGCAAAGAAGUUCUGGCUGUUUUAGAGGGCCAUUGGGACAGUGAAGUUACUAUUAGUGACAAGAAGACAGGUGUUUCAGAGACAUUCUGGAACCCAACAUCUGAUAUAAAGCAGCGUAGAUUACAUAGAUACACUGUGAAGUUUGAAGAGCAAGAUGACUUCGAGUCAGAGAAGCUUUGGCAGCAAGUGACAAAAGCAAUAAACAAUAAAGACCAAACAGAAGCUACUCAGGAGAAAUAUAUUCUGGAAGAAGCUCAGAGAAAGAGUGCCAAAGAGAGGAAACUUAAGGGUGAAGCGUGGACAUGCAAGCUGUUUGAUCAGGAUGCAGUCACAGGAGAAUGGCACUACAAAUAUGCUGAUACAAGACCAUGGGACCCUUUGAAUGAUAUGAUCCAGUUUGAAAAAGAUGGCACAAUCCAGACAAAAGUUCGACAUCGGACACCAAUGGUUACUGUUCCAAAAAUCAAACGAAAGCCAGGCAGUCAGAAGAUGGCAGAGUGUGGUUUCUCAUCCCCAGAGCCUGAUAACCAGGAUUCCUCUGGGAGUGAAGCACAACUGAAGCAUAAUACAAGAAUAAGGAAAAAAGGGGCAGAACUUGGUGAACUACAGAGUGCCAUUGAAUCUAUAAAGGAGACGCAGGAAGACAUUAAGAGGGAGAUCAUGGCACUACGAAAUAGAGUCAUUUCUAAUUCAUCACCCUGGGACUACCAUUCCCUGCAGUUUAAGCACUAUGUCUUCAUUGUACUCAUGGUUCUGCUACAGCUUAUCAUUAAUUUCUUGUUCAAAUAAGAAGUGUGAACAAGGGCCUUCUUGAACUGGAACGAUCAAACUGUUACUGGGGACCAUAUUUUAAGCUGGACUUUAAAUGAUGCAAUAUUAUGUAAAAGAACCGUGUAGCAACAACUUACAGAACUUUGCCUCAGUGUUCAUGGUUCAGAAUCAUACUUGUGUCUACCCAGUUGCAGUAAGAAUUGUGUAAGUGCCAGUACACUCUUGCUCCUGGUGUGUGCCUCUGUCUCGCAGUCAUAUGACAUCAGCCUUGUGUUUGUAUUGCGUCAUUCUGAUGAAUCCUCACCACAGAAUAGAUCAAGUUAAACACUGAGGUCGGACCCUGUAGGUAGGAUGUGAUUCCUGUUAUGGUAGAAUAAUAAACAGGCACACUUCAUUACAUAUAAACAUACCAUUUUUGUAACAAAGAAACUUUUGAAGUAGCCAACAGCUUUUGUAAAUGGCAUUGGGUGUUUGGAAGUAAACUUUUGUUUAAGGUCAAACAAAUACAUUAUUAUACGAAAAAUUGUGAGCGUUAGGAAAUGGCAAGUAAAAAGCUCAAGUCUUUAGGAAAUCUGCAACACAAUGUCCUUGACUUGUUUUGGAAGUACGAGGUUUUUAUCCUGAUUUACUAGAGGCUUGUAAGCCAGCUGUUUUAUAGUUUUAAAACUUCAAAUUCAUCAUAAAAACAUUCCCACAUCUACUGUACAGAGCACAUUUUUAACAGUACAACAUCCAGGGAGGUAGGUUCGGUCUACUCUCAUGAAUCACAAAUGUCAUGGAUUUCUGGUAUGUUUGUAAGUCUCAAAAUCUACAGCUUUGGAUUUACAUUUGUGUAUGGCCGUGUCACAGUAAGCAGACAGACUGCUGAUGCCAGGACUCACGGUUAUUUUUGAAACAAAAUGUGAAGAGGUAUGCUUAGUGUGUAGCUUGAGCUGAAUCUCCAGAAGGCAGUGUGGAAUAGGAUUCAGGCACUGUGAUGAGUAGACUUGCAAAUGAAAGUGUGUGUGUUUACACAGGGAAAGCUCAGAAAUUGUGUAAUGGCUAACACCACGUAUCUCAAAACAAAUAAGAGGAAAAUCCAAGUGUUUGUGAAAUCCGUCUUUACUGCUAAUAUAUACUACCUACCAGAAUACAUGUAUGCACCUUCUUAGUAAGCUGUAGGCAUACAAAUUCAUGCAAAACUUAAGUUUAAAUUCAAAACCAGGGUUUCUAACAUUUUUUUAUUUUAAGAAAUAGAUGCAUGUAUAGAAUUUGUAAAAUUCCAGCAAAGAAUGUAGUGCUGGUGAGUUCCCUGUGCCAGUCAAGCAUACCAAGGCAAAAAGGGGCUGUAGAAAUGAAAAGGUAUUUUCAGUACCCCAGGUGAGACAACAGGAGGAUGAGUGGCACAAUGCAAAGGACAGCCAAGUUUGAUUUCAGAGGGUCCUCUCAGAAAUCAAAUCCAUCCUGGGCAGUGGAACAGUUCAAAAAUCAUGUGUGGCUUUUUGCCAUGGCCAGGCUAUGCUUCUGCCUUGGGCAGUCUACCUGUCUCUCGAGGUGAUCUGCCUUUCUGUUCUGCAUCAGUCUCACUAGUAUUUAAUGAAAAUACUGUUUACUCGUUUAUCUGUCCAGCUUAUAUAUUUCUGUGGCUGACACUUUCAGGCACCUCCCCUCCUUGUUAACCUUUCCUCUUCCUUGGGCCUCAGCUAUGUAAAAGUUUAUUGUGUAAGCAGUGAACUUUAGAUAUUUCAUAUAGCUUCACCUUAGCAUGGUUUGGUCUUGAAUAAUUUUUUCUGGAACGUAUUACGUUAACCAGAUCUUGUAGCCAUGGGCAAGACCAAACCUGGCUGGACUUCUAUUAAUCUACAGCUGAUGGGGCAAGGUUUGUGAACAUAGAAAGUCCCUUCAUCAACAGACAAAAUAAUUACAAAUGCCUCCGUCUCUAAAUGGGAGCUGAAGUUGUUAUCCAUGUAUAAAAAGGCACUAAGAAAGCAGAGUAUUACAGCAUUCACUUUAACAUUCUUAGCCUGGAAUUUGGCUGUUCAUUAUUGCAUUCAGAUGUCAAAGCUUCACCUGUCUUAAGAUCCAUUACAAGCCUUUAAACAUACUCUGAACAUGAGAAUAAUCCAGUGAGUGAGAUUUGGGCAAUAACUUAAAUCCCCUAAAAUAAUACUCUGCUAAAUUUGAGGUGCUGAAACUCUUGAUUAAUAGUUACAAGCUUUUAUCUUCCUUGUAAAUAGAAAUGUCCUUCUGCCUUUUCAUGCUGAUUUUUUCAAUCACUUCUAUUCAAGAGCAGUGAGUGACACGGUCUGGAUGCAUUUUUACAUGGGCCACAUGGUAGUGACUGCAUUUGACCCAGUCAGCUGGCUGGCUGGCAGCUUGGUGUUGGACAACGUCAGACUAAAAAGAUAUUCCAUAGCAGAAGUUCAUGCUCAGCUCAAGAUGAGUAAAAGACUAGAACAGAGUAAAACAAAAUCCUUAUGCUUAUUUUCCUUUUCAGCUUAUUUUUUAGAGUUGAAUUCUGUUUUAAAAAGUGGUUUUAGUGAUGAUCUGGAAAGGCAAAGGUUAUGUGAUGGACUUUUGCUAGUGAAAACCUAGCAAUUUCUUUUUGCUGGGUUUUGUAUGUUCCCUCACUUGAACAGAACAAAGACACUUCUUCCCUAAUUUUUACUGUACAGUUGGUCACAGACAUGUAUGCAUCCUUUUCUCUAGUAUGUCACCACUGUCCUCUUCAGCCAUGAUGUACAGCAGAUCUUGACUACUGCCUGCUUAAGACUGAGCUCUGCACAUACAUAAGAAUUGAUUGUACAGUUUGCAGAUGUUUGAGGGCUGUGGCCUUCUAGUUUUUAAAGUUUAUAACAGCACUUGUUUUCACAUUUGAUUUCCAAAUCCUGUUUUGAGUUUUUUCCCUUGUACAGGAAAUAUCUGCAGGAUUUAUUGCCAUGUGAUUUUGUUGGGUUGGUUUGUUUGUUUUCAGAUGCACUCUAUGCCUUUAAUUUGCCAUUUAGGUACAGGUUGCCUAAUUGGAUACAGAUAACCUAAGCUAAGAAAAAGUAAAUAUGCCAUGUGAAAUGCAACAAGUAUCAUUUUCAGUAGAUGAUGUUUCUUGAAUUUCAUGUGUUGAUAUUACUUGAUGAGGGUUUUUGUGUCCUUCCUCCCACUUGUAAAAUCUCACAAAUUAUUUGCAAGGUUGUCCUGUAAAAUGUAAGGGUUGAGGUUUCUUCUUCUUAGUUUGUUUGCUGCCCUUCUGUGCCUUUGGCGAUUUUUUUUUUCUUCUUAGGCUCGUAAUGAUGAAAGAGACUUGUAAUUCAGUGUUUCUUAAAGGCUUUUAUUUUUAGCUAUUACCAUUGUUUGUGUAAAUAAUGUGUAACAAAAAUUAUGUACAUCUCUAAGUUUGAUUAUUUUUAUUUCGAGAGUACCCGCAAAUCACAGAAAAUUUAGCAGAUAUUCAAGUAUUGUAAACAGUGCCUUCUUGAUGGAUUUCUAUGCUGUAUGGAGACAUGUAAAGAUUUGUCAAAUUUGUGCCAUAUAUAAUAUCAGACCUUU